AUGCCGAACCCUCCUCAACUAGGAGAGAAUAUGGGCCUCGACACUCGAACUCUGAAACAGCGCCGAGACGACUUCGUUGACUACGAUAAACAUCUCGUUAGACGUGCACGUAUGACGCAGCAAAUUUCGAAGCCGUACUUUCGCGAUUGGAGUAAUCUUCGUUUCCACAAGGGCAAGAUCUUCAAGAGUAAUGAGAGGCUGUUCCGUGGGGAUGUGAGUCUGUGGUUUCCGAACUUCUACGGGAAGUCGUUGAGGAAUGAUACCGUAGCAAAGACGUUGGAGGUCGGCGAUGGAUACAAGGGGCGAGGGAGAGAUACGUGCGCGGCGAUGUAUGGGAAAGUGUCGGUGGUGAGCAUUGUGUCGAGUAUGUGGGCGAGUGCGCAGGUGGAGACGUUUAUUUCGAAGGAGAAGAAUCCGGAGCUUCAUGAGGUGUUGGCAGAGAACAAGGAUGUUGCGCAACAGGUGUGGAUCAAUCACGAGAACAACCUCUUGAAGUGGUGGCUGUUGCAAAUGUUUCGGUAUAACCUGCGCAAGGAGAAGAGCUUGGAGGAGCAGGCGAGGUACUUCAUGGUCAGGAGAGGUGUCAGUGAUGUCAUGAAGGAGGCGAUUGGGAUGUUGAAUGACAAGGUUGGGUUUGUGUAUUUGGUCGAUUCGGAGUGUAGGAUCAGAUGGGCGGGGAGUGCAGAUGCUGAGCAGGGGGAACGGGAGAGCAUGGCGACGGGGUUGAGGAAGCUUUUGCAGGAGACCAGGACGCCGAAGGCUGAAAGACUCAGACGUGGUGCGAUGCGUGCCAAUGAGCGGCAUGAAGAGGACAACAAUGCAGGCAUCACUCCACGCGGCCCCAUAUCGAAAGGAUCGAGGGAAAUGUGCCUGCGUAGAACUGGCUUGUGCUUCGUUUACGAGAGUUAA